AUGCCUAAAUUCAUUCCCCCUAAGCCUGUCCAACGGGCAACUUCAACUCAACUCAAGAAGAAGAGGAAGGCCGAUGCUGUAGACGAAGAAGACCAUGUUCUUCGUAGUAUUAGACAAGGUUUCUCUCCCACUAAUUCAUCGGGUCGUUUUCGGACUGAAACCCCUUCAUCACCUUCCUCCGCUUUUGAUUCUUCCGCAUUCAGAGGCGUCACUCGCUCAGCUUUCAGAGGACUGACCCCUGCUGUCUCGCCUGCUGAACGAUCCAAUUCUACCCAAAGACCAACUUGGAAAACUCACUCUCCCACACCUUCCAGCGACAAGGUGACUAUGACGAAGAUGAAUGAACGCGUGUCUGUCAUUGAAGAGGGAAACGAUACUAAUGAAGGAGUAGAUGAAUUGGGUGGAGUCGAAAUUCCACGAGAUGACCAUUCACCUUCAUUUCGUGGCGUACCUUCGAAAGAAAAGGAAACGUACAUAGAGGAUGACGAUCGAAACGGUCUCCACUCAACCACCCAUGACCAACCGGUUCAGCAAAAGUCCCCACGAGCAUUCCAAAAAAUUAUCAAAGGUAAAAACGGAAAGGAGAGAAAGAUCACAGGAUAUGAAACUCCGAUUCAAGAAGAUGGCGCUAGAGUUGUCAGAAGAAAACGUAAGAACAUUAGGAGGAUUAGUGAUGAUGGCAGUGAUGAAUUUCCCGCUGAACAGAAGUAA